GCCACGAUACAUCAACAGAAGAAGACCCAUCUCGAAAAGAAGCCAUGGAAAGUCUGCGAGUGUUGGAGCUUUACAGUGGAAUCGGUGGCAUGCACUACGCGUUAAAGGAAAGUGGAAUAUCUGCUCAGGUGGUGGCUGCUGUUGACAUCAACACCACAGCCAAUAAAAUCUACAGGCACAAUUUUCCAGACACCCCCCUCUGGAACAAGACCAUAGAGGGUAUACCACUUGAUGACUUCAAUCAAUUAUCUUUUGAUAUGAUAAUGAUGAGCCCUCCUUGCCAGCCAUUUACAAGGUUAGGACUUCAGGGUGACGUUGCAGACCCCAGAUGUAAGAGCUUCCUCUUCAUCCUUGAACUCCUUCCAAGGCUUUGCAAGCUGCCAACAUACAUCAUGCUGGAAAAUGUCAAAGGUUUUGAGAGCUCCUCAGCCAGGGACUAUUUGAUAAAAGUCCUGAGUGGCUGCGGCUACACUUACCAGGAAUGCAUGAUCUCCCCGACAAAUGUGGGGGUUCCAAAUUCACGACUGCGUUAUUUCCUGAUUGCUAAAAUGUCUGCAGAAAAUUCAAGUAUCCAGACAAGUGACAAGGGUUGUUCCUUUUCCCAUGUGACGGACAGUGAGUUUCCUGAACGGUCCUCUGUCUUGAGAUAUAAAUGUCAGAAUAUUGACCAGCCAUCAGAAGACAACCCCAAUGUUCAUGUCUUGUAUAAACGCGAGACUCAAAUGGAUUCUCAAAGGAAGACUAAUCAGAACAAAGACCUAUCUGUUCAACAAAUACAAGACUACUUGGAACCUCAGAUGAAUAUAAACAUGGAACUUUAUCUCCUUAAACCUAAAACCCUGUUGCGGUACGGCUCAAUUUUGGAUAUUGUUCAGCCCCACAGCCGGAGAUCUGUCUGCUUCACUAAAGGUUAUGGAAGGUAUGUGGAAGGAACUGGAUCAGUUCUACAGUGCUGCAUGGAAAAUGAGAUUAGUAGUGUGUUUACCAAUCUGGACCAGUUGACUGAAGAGGAGAAGCUCCAGAAAAUGUUCAAACUAAAUCUACGUUAUUUUACUCCAAGAGAAGUAGCCAACCUGAUGGGUUUCCCUCAGAGUUUCUCUUUUCCAGAGGAUAUCUCAAUCAUCCAGCAGUACAGAGUUCUGGGAAACAGUCUCAAUGUUUUGGUUGUGGCCAGACUUCUACAACUGAUGUCAUCUGAGCAUUUUGGACAUUCUGAAGGAGAAAAGCAGUUCUCAGUCUUGGGAAAUGAGUAUCAGUGUUCUUGAUUCUGUCACUGUGGAUGAAGAGUUAUGGAUAUAAAUGUUGAUCAAACAUCAUGAAAUAGAAUUUAUUUACAGAGUGCAUGCAAUUUUAUGGCAUCAGCAAAGUACCACUAACAAAACUCCUACUUAUUUUAUUCAUAUAUACUGUAGUCGCGCAGCUUUUUCUCAUUCUGUUUGCAAUACAUUCAGUUUUUUAACUGAUGCAAGCAAAGAAAAUCUCCCCACCCAGAUAAGCAGAAGACACUGAAAUUGUCAGCUAUGCCAACACAUUGUUAUACCAUAAAUAUUAGCUACAUUGCAAAACAGCAAAACGUAGCUAUAUUUUCUUUGCUACCCUUUCCUAUUUAUAAUGAAUCCUUUACCUUUUCAUUUCAUGCCAAAGUUAAAUAAGUAUAGGGUCAGGUUAAUAUUAUCUGAUAUAAAAUAAAUGGGUAUAGGCCGUUAUGUCAAUGUCUUAAAAUCUGCUUUCCAAGUUGGCUGUUUUACUUUUGCAUGUUUUCUCUUUUAUGUACAAAUCCUUAUAAAAGUAUGUUUUUCCUGAACUUGUUCCAUAUUUUGUAAUUUUCAACCAAAAAUGUCAGUGUAUUGUUUUGUAUGCACACAGUGCUUUAAUGCCUGUGUCAUAUUUGCAUAGCAAUUUAACAUCUGUGAAAUCUGCAUAUGUAUUCUUCUUCCUUUGUUCUGAUUUCUUUAAAUAAAACCCAGUGAAACAUG